UGUAUGGCAAUGAUUAGAUCGAGUCUUUGUAUAGUCGUGUAAGAAAACUGUGUCGAGUAAUUGCAUUAAAAAGUCUUAAUGGGUUCAUCCUGAUGAAAUCAUUACGAUAGAGUUUUUGACGUGUUAGACGAGCCGAAAGCGUUUGCUUGUCUUACUUUUCGUUGUUGAUCGAAGCGAAUCAAAUUGAAAGGCUCCUUUACUCUGCGUGUUGUAACAAUAGUUCUACCGGAAUGUAAACACUAAUUCCACAACAUUUCAAAACUGAUGAUCUGCAAAGGGUCUACUAAAUAUUCUAGGCUAAAGAAAGACAACAAUCUGGGUUCCAGUAGUUGGCCAGUUGCUCUUCUGCCAUCCAACAGUCAGGAUCUCUCUUCAUUGCCUCAUGCCAAAGGAGAAUUUCUUGCCCUGGAUCAUCAUUUUGCUGAUUAUGUGCCAGUGAACUUUGCCACUUGUGGUUGUCACAUUUGAGUUUCUGUGUAUGUGAGUGGCUCAUCAUUUCUUCAUCCUACAACUACAUCAUUUGAAAUCAGUCAAAACAAUCCAUACUACAAAGAUGAAGCCUGGUCUCCCUGCCUCAGUUUCUCCCGCCGAAUACCAAUGGGCUUACUCGAUUGUCGAUUCGUCGCGAGUUUCUACUUUCCUCAUCUCCAUCUUGCUCAUCGUCUACGGGAGUUUCAGAUCGUUGAAUCUGGAACAAGAAGCUCAAACUAAACAGUUGGAAAAAGACAAAGAACGGGCCACCUUGACGGGCAUCACGACACCCACAGUUCCUUCUGAACCCAGUAUUUAUAGCUAUGUUCAGACGUUGGAUACGAUGCAAGCGCUGUGCUUACCGCUUGGCGCAUCCGUUUCCCUCCUUGUCAUGUUCUUCUUCUUUGAUUCGAUGCAGCUGCUUUUCGCCGUCUGUACGGCCAUUAUCGCCACGGUAGCUUUGGCAUUCCUAUUGCUUCCCAUGUGCCAGUAUCUCAGCCGGCCGUGUACUUCUGGAACAAAUAAAAUCUCCUUUGGCAUUUGCGGCCGUUUCACUGGCGCCGAGCUACUGUCCUUCAGUAUGGCCCUGACUAUCGUCUGCGUUUGGAUCCUUACUGGCCAUUGGCUGCUGAUGGAUGCUAUGGGCAUGGGUUUGUGCGUGGCAUUCAUUGCUUUCGUCCGUCUGCCCAGCCUCAAAGUGUCCACGCUCUUGCUGACUGGCCUGCUCGUUUAUGACGUUUUCUGGGUCUUCUUCUCUUCGUACAUCUUCAACGCCAACGUGAUGGUCAAGGUAGCUACCCGCCCUGCUGAUAAUCCGGUUGGUGUCAUGGCCAAGAAGUUCCAUUUUACGUCUGGAAUGGCCCGUGACGCACCCAAACUCUCACUGCCCGGCAAGCUCGUCUUCCCUAGCAUGCAUAAUGUUGGCCAUUUUUCCAUGCUGGGCUUGGGUGAUAUUGUCAUGCCCGGAUUGUUGUUGUGCUUCGUUUUACGCUACGAUGCCUACAAGAAGUCGCAAUUGCUCCACUCUGCCGAAACGGGAGUCCCUCCGCCUAAUCACUUCAACCGAAUCACAUACUUCCACUGCUCGCUGAUUGGCUACUUUCUUGGCCUGCUGACAGCCACGCUCUCGUCCGAGUUCUUUAAAGCUGCCCAGCCUGCGUUGUUGUACCUAGUGCCAUUUACGCUAUUGCCGCUGCUUGUUAUGGCCUAUCUCAAGGGUGAUUUGAGGCGGAUGUGGGAUGAGCCUUUCAUUGCUCCCCCGCAACCUAAACAACUGCAUGUCUAAAUACUAAAAACUCCUUGGUUAUGUAUACGGAGGUAUAGCAUCUGCAUUUUUAAUACCUGUGUGUGACUGGUAUGUGUAGACGAGAAAUCACUGGCGAUUUCGCCUAGUGCCGGAAUUUUGUUGUUCAAAAUUUUUGGCUCUGAUCGAUUUUUUUUUAAGACGUUGGACAUGAAGCAAAGAAAAGGUGAAUCGUUUUUUCUUUUCGAUUUGGAAACGCAGCGGACUCCUAGUCAAAAGCCCAGCCGCCGGACCGACGUGUCUUUCGACUACGGUGAAACUACAAAAAGUUUUUUCUUUCGUUUACAAAAAUUGAAGUAGCUAAGCUAACGGUGAAAGUGGAUGCAUGCCACACUUGCCGACAUUUUAAUACCACACCCUCUUUUUUACUUUCUCUCAAAUGAAGAACGAACAAAAAAUUAAUUAAGUCUUACAAAUGAAAUUGCGCAACUCAAUGGUAAAAUAGGACUAUCGCAAACAUUAGUGUGCAUAAAUUAAAAAGUAGAAAAAGCGGUCUUUUUUAAUUACUUUUGCAUGACCUUUUCCUCCUUGGAAAUUCAUUUUUUUUUAAAUCCUUGCAACCAGCGACAAAUGUAUGGACGUUAUAUUAUAUAUACUCGUGUGCGAUGUUUUUAUUUUCAUUUUCUGGUACCCAACAGAUGUUCUCUCUGGACCACAAUCAAUUCUCUUUUUAGCGAAGUAGAAACUUUGAAAAAGAAUAUUUCUCAUGUUGUGUCAAAUCUCACAACAUCAUCCGUUUUCUCAUUUUAUUUGUCUCGAAACAUUUUGAAGAUAAUGUAGACAUUUCCCUUCGAUACCCCCGUUUCCCUCGUUUUUUUUUCUAUGGUUUUGUUGCCCCCCGGAAUAUGGAAAAUAUAAAAUUAAUUGUCUUAAAA